GCCGAAUUGGGCACGAAAGGGUUUAAGGAUAAUUGAACCGCGCAAAAACCCUAACCCCCAUUUCCGCAUAGAACUCACCAUGAAUCUCCAAUCCGCCUGUGUUUCCCUUCCAAAUUACCCUCCUCCCACCCAUUUUUCACCUCCUCGAUUCCACUCCGUCAACAAGCAUUAUGGAAACCAUACUAGCUUGAUAAGAAAGAUGCCCAGAUCCCAAUUUGAGCUGAAAUCGGUUAUGCCAUGUUUAAGGAGUGGAGUUGUUAUACCAGCUGCUAAUUUCAAUCGGCCGAGGAAGUUGGGUUUUAGGGUUAAUGCGAGUAAGGGGGGAGAAGAACCAUUUAGGGGGAAAUCAGGGUCUAUUUCAUUUGGGGGGCUGAGUCAUCAAUCUGUAGAGGAAAGUAAAUUGGUGUCGGCCCCUUUUAAGGAAAAGUCCGGUUCUUUGCUUUGGGUUUUGGCCCCCGUUGCUUUGAUUUCAUCCAUCGUUAUUCCGCAGUUCUUCAUUGUUGGUGCUAUUGAAGAUACUUUCAAGAAUGAAGUUUUUGCAGAACUUAUUUCUUCCUUAUCGACCGAGCUCACAUUUUACGCGGGACUUGCAAUGUUUCUCUUCAUAACCCACCGCAUUCAAAAGCCGUAUCUCCACUUCACCUCGAAAAGAUGGAGUCUUAUUACAGGCCUAAAGGGUUAUUUGUCGUCCGCCUUUUUCACAAUGGGGUUUAAGGUUUUUGCCCCGAUUAUGGCUGUUUUUGUCACAUGGCCCUUACUCGGUUUUCCAGCAUUGGUUUCGGUUGCUCCGUUUUUAACUGGUUGUUUAGCCCAAUACUUAUUCGAGAAAGUUCUUGAUCGAAACGAAUCAUCCUGUUGGCCCCUUAUACCUAUUAUUUUCGAGGUGUAUAGGAUAUAUCAGUUGACGAGGGCAACGGGUUUCUUGGAGAAGUUGAUAUAUGGGAUGAGAGAGGCAAAUGUGACACCUGCAGUAUUGGAGAGAACUGGUGCUUUGAUUUCGAUGAUGGUCACUUUUCGGAUUCUGGGCGUUUUUUGUCUCUGGUCGUUGCUUACGUUUCUACUGAGGCUCUUUCCUUCGAGGCCUGUGUCGGAGAAUUAUUGAAUUUAUGUAUAUGUAGAGGAUUUUUUAGGCAUAAUAUAUAUUUGCAUAUCUUGUAAAAAAAUGCAUUUCUGUAUUUCUUUUCGAAGAUCUUGUUGGUCGAGAAAAGUGGUUCGAUUAAGCGGCACCUGAAAUUACGUAUCACAACUAUGAACAGCGUUUAAUUAACAAGAUGAAUGGAACUUAUUAGUCAAUGUGAUGAAGAUUUGGAUCUUA